ACUAGGGUUUUGACUUGCUUUCACGCCAUUAGGGGUUACCUUUCCAGUGUUUCUCUGCAACCACAAGGGCUAGAAAUGACUGUUCUUUUUUUAUUACAAGCUGUGAGUCUCUCAUAUUCACAUGACUCCAGGAGCUGGGGCUUUAACCAAAACAACAGUUAUGGCCAGACUUGCAGGGCUGGCAACACUGCAGCCCCAUGCUGUAGCCCUGGGCUGGGGAGUGUUGGAGUCAGUGGUUGCUCACUAAAGGCACACCUGGGCUCUGCUUUCAGAGCAGGAUCUGCUUGGGCAGAGACUGGGAAGUGAGACCAACACUCAAGCGAGAGGAAUGUGCUGGUGGCAAAUGAGCCAUGUGCUUGCAGUAAGUGUGUUCAUUCUCUGGGUCCGGCCCUUUAAGGAAAUGGUAUUUGGGAGCAACGCCUCCCUACAAACUCGCCUGGGCUGGUCCCAGCAAGCUGGGCCAGCUGUAUACAAGACCUCCCUUCCCAGCCAGCCGGGAGGAGGCUGCAGGCUGAGGGGCAGGGACUGGAGCAGCAUCAGCGCCAGGCAGAGGAGCGUGUGAGGCAGACAGGCUGGAGCGCAGCAGGGAUCCGGAGCCCAGCAGAGCGAGUGGGAACCCAGGGGAGCCAGGGUGGGACGCGACCCCUCGGCUGUCUCAGGGAUGAGGCCGCCCUGCCAGAGCUGGGAACAGAACCCAGGAGUCCUGGCUCGCCGUCCUCUGCUCUUACCCACAAAAUCCCACGCUGUCCAAAGAGGCCUGUGCUAACACACAGCUAUAAAUACUCUGCCGGCAGGGCCUUUGCGUAUGGUGAGGAGGAGAGUUCAGACUGGGAUGGGAAACCGGCAGCUCUUUUUCUUUUCAUGUGUGACCGACACCAGGAUGUUUUGAUCAGGCCCCAGCUGCUUUAGAGGAAGUUGCAAGAGUCCCUGCAGUGAUGGGAUAACCUUCCCCCAGGGGAAGUUCCCUCCUGACCCCCAUGAUUCAAGGUCCGGUCAUGCCAUGCCCUGAAGCAUGAGGGUUUAUUUCCCUUCUUUUGCCUUAGGAAGCAAAAAUCAAAAGCUCCAUAAUCUAGCCCAUACUGAGCACCGUCCUGUUCCAUUGCUCCAUUAGAAUCUGCCUGGAUGCUGUUACCAUCUGACAUGCAGGAUAUUACACAAAUUGAAACUGAGCUUGCACUGUAUCAACACAGUAUUAUUAACUUCCAGCUAAUUACAGCCAAACCUCGUUAAUUCCCCUAAUGGGAGGGACGCUGGUUGCGAGUGAUUAAAUGUUGUGAGUUAGCAAGUAAAUGAAUAAACUCCUUUAAAAAAAAUAACGAAAAGGCAGAAAAAUGGACUUUGUGCUUUUGUUCUGCCAGCUGACACUAACUGGUGCUGUGCUGGGGGGGAUGGAAUCUGCUGAUGCAGUGUGGUUGGGCUGAUAGGGAAGUGGCGUCCGUGUCAGGACACCUGGGUUCUACUCCCAGCUCUGCCAUUGGCCUGCUGGGUCACCACCUCACCCUGUGCCUCAGUUUCCCCAUCUGUAAAAUGGGGAUAAUGAUACUGCUCUCCAAUGUAAAGCGCUUUGGGGUCUGCUGAUGGGACGUGCUCUGUGAGAUCUCACAACAGCCUCCCUCUGCGGAGAAGCAGGAGACGGAGGAGCCCGUAGGGCUCAUGUGCGGAUUGUGGCGGGGCAGGGUGAGGCUCGGCUGGGCCCAGGUGUGCAGCAGCAGCACUGGGAUUGGGGCCGUUUGACGCUGCCCUCUUGGCUGUGGGAUUUUCACGCAGCUUGUCGGCCCGUUUGCUGUGUCUGUGAAUCCGGCUUUUCAGUAGGGGUGCGGCUGCCCCCGGGGCCAUCUGAUCGGCCUGUCUGGGAACAAAGGGGGGGUCAUCAGAAACAGGACCAGGCUGCAUACUGCACCUGGCCAUGGAUAGGCCUUGCCACGGUCCAUGGCAGGACAGCUGCCUGGCUGACCCUGCCGCCAGCGCCGGGAAACUCAAGAAGAGCAAGAAGAAGAUGCUGGAGCCGAAGAAGUGGCAGAGCCUGGAGGAGACGGGGAGCGAUGCCCCCCAGCCAAGGAGGCGCCCCAGCCUCUGCAGAUCCAAGACCUAUGACCCAUCCUUCUCCAAAGAGCCCGAACAGGAGCCGACCCCGGGCAGGCAGAGGGCCGCCUCGGCCGCUUUCGCCAAGCGCCGGGCGAGCUACCACAAGGCGUUCAAGGAGAUGCCCGAGGAAGAGGCCCUACUGGACAGUGUCUCCUGUGCCUGGCAAAGGGAAGUCCCCUAUCACGGGCGCCUCUACAUCUCCCAGAACUACAUCUGCUUCCACUGCAGCAUGCUGCUCCGGGACGUCAAGGUGGUGAUCCCCGUCUCCUCCAUCGCCAUCCUCAAGAAGGCCAACACGGCGCUGCUGGUGCCCAACGCCCUCAGCAUUCGGACCGCGGAAGGCGAGAAGGUGCGAGCAGAGGGCAAGUUUCUCUUUGUCUCGGUGAGGACCCGGGAGGCCACGUACCAGCUGCUGCGAUCGGUCUGCAAACACCUGCAGGACGGGAGCACGAGCAGCAGCCCCCCGGCCUCGCCCACCAACACCAGCUCCGAGCGCCGCGAGAAGUCUCUGACCUCGAGCCAGUCAGACCUGGAGCUGAACCCCCCCGAGUCUGACGGCCUCCCGGACCAGCAAGACGGGCUGGGCCCAGAGCAGAGCAGAGAGGACGAGGACGAGGAGGCGGCAGCGCCGAGCAAAGGGGGGGCGUGGCCAGGCAGGCAGACGAAGAAGAAGCCCAGGGGCUGGUGGGCGCAACUGAGCACCCUCAACAUCGUCAUCCUCAUCUACCUGCUGCUGGUGGUGGUGCUGCUGCUGUCCUCGGGGUACAUCGGCCUGAGGAUCGUGGCACUGGAGCAGCAGCUGAUGUCAAUGGGGGCCUGGCCGGAGCUCGACCUACACCAGUACAAGACGACCUGAAAGCAGGGAGGCCUCAGGCUGCACUCAGCACCGGAGGGAGCCUCGUGCCCGAAGGCCCAGGCUUGCUGCUGGCAGACGCCGCCCCUGCCAAACGGGCUGGAAUCCCCCUCCCCUCGUCCUGAGCCGCGGCUGCCCUCAGCAGAGCUGGGGCUGAUUUCUGAGGCGACCAGGGCAGGGAAAGGAAGCGACAAGGCCUGGCCCAGGAACAGCUCCUGGCUGAUGAAAUGCAGCCAGAGCAGAGCUGGUGCCGAUGCCGAUGCCGGGGACAAGCUGAACGUCUCCUGAAAGAGUCCUGUACUGAGCGUUAGUAGCGCCCCAGCUUUCCCUGGGUGACCUGCGGAAGCCCCGCUGCAGCUGGCCCGUUGCGCUCAGGAUUCCUGCUCCGCCGCAGGGUUUGCAGCCUCAGCUGCGAUGGACGCAGGGCCCGCCUGCACCGAGCAAGCAGCUUCCACGCAAACUUCAGCUGAGGCAGCAAACCCUUGAUGGGCUCAUUCCAGCUGCCGCGUCCUUGUGCCAAGGAAAUGGGCGUUUUCAGCUUCCGCCCUCGGCCACUGGCGAGCGGGAGACUAUUCGGCCGGGCCGGGCGGGGAGCGACGCUGCCUGGCUCUCACAGCAGCUGUGCCAUGGGAGCUGGCCUCUCGGGCCCCCAGGCAAGGCACAAGCCACCUGCUGACCUCCCCCGGGUGUUUCACUCCUCCAGCACCGAGCAUCACCCCCCCCCCGCCGCUGUCUGAGCCCCCCCGGGCUCGCGUGUGCUCAGGGCCCCUCCUGGGGGGGGAGACGUGCUGCCUGGGCUCCAGCGGGGCUCCCUGCGGGCACAGGCUGCUGUGGGAGGCAGCUGCUGUCAGCCUCCAGGGGCGCCAGCCAGGCCUGGAAUGCACCUCUGCCCACCCGCGGGAGAUGGGGCUGCGGGUCCCCUGGGGGUUGCAGGUCCCCUAGGGCCACUGGUCGCACUGCUGGGAGGACCGUGGCAGAGCUUGGGCCGCGGGUUCUGGUCAGUUACAGGCUGGGGGUCCGGGGCAGAGCGCUGAACCGGUGGGUACAGCCCCCGGCCCGUUGCUCCAAGAACCAAGCCCAGCGCCCUGGUGCCCAGCCGGCUCCUAGAGCAGAACAAGGGCCCAGACCAACCCGCUGGGGCGAGACUCCAGCUCGGCCUCAGGCCCUGUGCCCCAUGGGCCGGACGAUCCGGCCCCUCCCCUGCUCUCCAUUCGGCUUGGUGCUGCAGGCCAGCGCUCAGAUGGUGCCAGGGGAGAGUCCAGGGCAGCACCGCAGGGCCGUGCCCCACGCUGGGCAAUGCCAGACGCUCCCCUGUGUCAUCCCCCCCCCCCGGGGCCGUGAGAGGAGGGCGGGUAAAGGGCUGGGCUCUGUUAGUAAUAAAGACAAGCCAGCCACGCGCUCCA